ACUACUCAUUGCCUGAUGACAAUUGGCGAUUGACGAUUAGUUUUCAAUUAAUUAAAGCAAAGCUACUGAUUGUGUUGGUCUGAUUGCUUAAACUAAUCGCCAAUAGUUAAUUAGUAAGCGCCAGCUGUGUGUGAUUCAGGCUUCACCUAACCUAACCUAAUCCUAACCUAAUCCCAACUAUAACCUACACGCUCACGUGUCCAGGUUAGGUUCGUGGCGGUCAACUGCUCUUUUUGGCGAGUUUCUUUCGACGAAAAAAUUCAUCUGUUGACAACGAAUCUGUUUCAUCGAAGGAAAGAUAAAUCGACAGAAAUCAAUUACGAUUCAUCCGGCUAUGUUACAGCGUGUAUUCACGUCGAAUUCCCGCGGGAUAUCGCUACUAUCUCGACUGUGGAACGGACCUGGUAGUGUACUUGUAGGUAAGCAAGCUGAGCAAAAAAUGAUAUCCAUUCUGAGGAACAGGUUUCCUGAAGCGGUGCUGAUAGAAGUGACUGAUGUGUCAGGAGGAUGUGGUGCUAUGUUUGAUAUAAAUGUAGUCGCUCCAGAAUUCAAAGGACUAAACACUGUGAAACAGCAUCGAAUCAUUAAUGAGGUCCUGAAAGAAGAAAUCAAAGAUAUGCACGGUAUUCGAAUACGUACGAGUCUUCCACAACCAUAAAUUAUACCAUGAACAAUUGCGCUUGUGUCGUUAGUUUUACAGAAGUGACAACCAAUAUUGGUGUUCUUCACCUGAGCUGGAAAUCGAAACUGGAGAUCCAUGUAAUGUAUGUUUCAUCAUAAGAUAAUAAAUUUUAUAAGAUAUUAUAAAGGAAAACUUCAAAUCUAGUAUGUCUCAUUUUUUAUGGAAGGGAUGUGAUCAGUUUAUGUUAUAGCAUCAUAAUUCAACCACAAAAAGCGUUACUGUAAAGUCGAUUCAAAUACAUCAUGAAGAGCACAAUGCUAGUUAAUACUGCGAUAUUUUAAGAUUAGAGAAAGAUUUUAUCUAUAAUGGAAAAGGGAAAGAGGUAAGAGAACUUUAUGUUUAACAUAUGUUUUUAUAGCUAUGAGAAAGAGUGCACAUUCAGAAUGCUUUACCUUCAUUUCAGUAAUUUGCAUAGAAUAUAUUGCAUAUUAUAAUAUUUAUUAAAUAAUUAAUAUAUGUAUAGAACAUAUAUAAUACUAUGCAUAGGAAUUACUGUAAAUGUUAAUAAAAUAUAUUUGUAUGUGUCAUGUGAGUGAAAAUGCAUUAUAAGUGUAAACAUUAUGAAUAAUGUAAAAAGACCUGUACUAGUCAAAGGCAAAACUUAUGCCUUGGUUAAUAUAUGUAUUUUCAAUA